UAGAUGGAGUGGAAGUGAGAAAGAAGACCACCAACGAAAUUUCGCGUGAUCAACAGUUCAACACACAAAGUAUAGAGUGGAUACUUUCUGGGUCUCAAAUAUGGUAUUCAUGAGUCUGGACCGUAAGACGGGCUACUAUUGAAGCAGACUCCACCCGGCGCGUCCUCGUCUCGUCUCGUCUCGCACGCACCCCUCACUUUCCUUGUCAAUCGACUCGCGAUCGAAUCCGCCCCGAGGUUCCAAACCCUAGCUUUCUCUCAUCCUCCACGAACCCUAGAUCCAAAAUCUAACACACGUCAUCCUCUUAUUAUCGCCGUGCUUGACGCUUCUCUCUGCAGUCGAUUCCGCCGCGGACCGACCGGUUCACUUCCCUUUUCUCCCGAGAUCUCGACUCUCGAGCAAGUAUGGGUGAGGCGAAGGACAACGAGGUGUACGAGGAGGACCUAGUCGACUAUGAGGAGGAGGUGGAGAAUGUCAUUGAUGGCGCCCCCACCAACGGCUCCUCAGAUGUCGUCAAGAAGGGGUACGUAGGGAUCCACAGCUCGGGGUUCAGAGACUUCCUGCUCAAGCCAGAGCUUCUUCGCGCCAUUCAGGAUUGCGGGUUUGAGCAUCCUUCUGAAGGUACAAAUUCUUCUGACAUUUUCUGCUGGAGGAGAAUAUGGUAUAGCUUUCCAUUAAUGGGACAAGAACGUUGAUUUUUUUCUUACUGGGGUGCUGCUCCAACUUUAUUUGGUUCCACAUCAGUGCAACAUGAGUGCAUCCCUCAAGCUAUUCUUGGAAUGGAUGUCAUCUGUCAAGCAAAAUCUGGAAUGGGUAAGACUGCAGUUUUUGUCCUGUCAACUCUUCAGCAGAUUGAUCCUGUUGCUGGCCAAGUAGCUGCACUUGUGUUGUGCCACACAAGAGAAUUAGCUUACCAGAUUUGCCAUGAAUUUGAGAGGUUUAGCAAAUACCUGCCUGAAUUAAGAGUAGCUGUUUUCUAUGGUGGUGUUCACAUAAAAAACCACAAGGAUCUGCUGAAGAAUGAAUGCCCCCAUAUUGUGGUUGGCACGCCUGGAAGGAUACUAGCUCUAGCUAGAGAUAAGGACCUUCCCUUGAAGAAUGUGCGGCAUUUCAUUCUUGAUGAAUGUGACAAGAUGCUCGAAUCACUUGACAUGCGCAGAGAUGUCCAGGAGAUCUUCAAAAUGACUCCGCAUGAUAAGCAAGUGAUGAUGUUUUCAGCAACACUCAGCAAGGAGAUUCGACCUGUUUGCAAGAGGUUCAUGCAAGAUCCUAUGGAAAUUUAUGUUGAUGAUGAGGCUAAACUGACCCUUCAUGGUCUAGUUCAGCACUAUAUCAAAUUAAGUGAGGCAGAGAAGAACCGAAAGUUGAACGAUCUUUUAGAUGCACUCGACUUCAACCAAGUUGUGAUAUUUGUUAAAAGUGUUAGUAGAGCUGCAGAACUCAACAAAUUGCUCUGCGAGUGCAAUUUCCCCUCAAUCUGUAUACAUUCUGGAAUGACACAGGAAGAGAGGUUGACACGGUACAAGAACUUCAAGGAAGGACACAAGAGGAUUCUUGUGGCUACUGAUUUGGUUGGUAGGGGAAUCGACAUUGAACGUGUCAACAUUGUCGUAAACUAUGAUAUGCCUGAUUCCGCUGAUACAUACCUGCAUAGGGUUGGUCGGGCUGGACGUUUUGGUACCAAGGGACUUGCAAUAACAUUUGUUUCUUCAUCUGAUUCUGAUGUUCUCAAUCAAGUGCAGGAGAGGUUUGAGGUUGACAUAAAGGAGCUGCCUGAGCAGAUUGACACGUCGACAUACAUGCCAUCUUGAUGAUCGAGGUGAACCAGUGUUUAGUUUGAGCUGGAAAGGAGAGCUUGUUUGAAAUAUACACCUUAGAUCGCUGUUGGACAACCUUAGCACCUUGUUUGAAAGAUGUUCCAUUUGUACUUAACCAGCAGUCUAGUGGAUUAAGCAGUAGGCGUCGCAACAGCUGUUACAUGCUACCUAGGAUUUUAUUUGCAACUCUGUAAUGUUUUCUAUGCUCCGACUGCUAAUUGUUCUGUUUGAGACUGCCCUCUGGGUGCAUGUUUUACUAGUAAAUUACUCGCACCAUGCCCGAGUCUUCGGAGCAUGUGUUUACAUAUUUAAAAGAGUUGCUACAAAUAGGAGAAAAAUAUAUUGAACAUCA